AUGCUGAAAGAUGAGAGUGUUAAAGCCAUAAAAAUAUCAAGGGUGUAUGAACCUUCGAUCACCCCACAUCAGUCCUUUGCUACGAAUCGUGAAGACGAUGUAGGGGAGGACAUUGCUGACGAUGAUGUGGGGGAAGACAUUGAUGAAGACUUCAUCGAAGACGACAUCAUGACAAGGGAAAAAGAAGACGGGUACUUCAGCAAUGAAGAAGACUGGAGAGCCGAGAUUCACCGUUAUAUUGAAGAAGGAACGUUGCCAACAGAAUUGAAGCAAGCUAGGAAAAUACAAUCAAAGGCAGGGAGAUACGAUCUUCGUGAUGGGAUAUUGUACAAGAAGUCCUUUCUUGGACCACUGCUACGAUGUCUUUCCAGAGAGGAGGGGCAUCGUAUUUUGAAGGACAUCCACUACGGGGACGCAGGUAACCACAUCAGAAUGAUAUCACUGGCGGAUAAAGCAAAAAUGCAGGGAUACUAUUGGCCCCAGAUGAUCCGAGACGCAUCCAGGAUGUCCAGGAGAUGCGAAGAAUGCCAUCGGUUUGCUAAGAAAAUUCACGCUCCUGCCACAAAGUUGAAUUCGGUGGAUAGUACCUGA